CUUGAGAUCAUUAAACAAUAAUGGCAUUCAAAUUUGUUAUCUUCGCCGCCGCUUUGGCUUACGCCAAUGCUGGUUUCCUGUCUGCUCCAGCUGUAGCUACUUAUGCUGCUGCCCCAGCAGUCCACUACUCGGCCGCUCCAGCCGUGAGCUCCUCUUACAUUCACCAAGCAUCCGCUGCCCCAGUAUUUUCUACUUAUGCCGCCGCCGCCCCAGUAGUAUCCCCUGUGGCCGUCGCACAUGCCGCUCCAGUUGCCGUCCACGCACCCGCCUUUGGAUCUUCUCAACAAAAUGUCAUUCGUUCCCUUGGAGGCGCUCAAGCCAUCUCCACCUACUCCAAAACCUUAGACACUCCAUUCUCCAGCGUACGUAAAUACGACACCCGUAUCACCAAUGAUGCUCUCUCUGUAGCUCACGCUCCAGUCGUAUCCACCUACGCUGCCGCUCCAGUAGCCACUUAUGCUCAUGCCGCUCCCAUCGCAACCUACGCCCAUGCCGCUCCAGUAGUAGCCAAGGCUGCUUUGGCUUACUCCCCAGCUGUAGCUGUGUCCCACAUGACCUUCUCUGGAUUGGGAACUUCUUACGCCUACUAGACUGAUUGCAAUUAUUUAUUGUAAAAAUUAUUUAUUUGAAAUAAAAUGC